AUGGGUUGCUGCUCGGCACGAUGCAUGCUGAUCCUCCUGUGUUGUCUGCAGUUGAUAACUGCUCUGGAGAGGCAGGUGUUCGACUUCCUCGGCUACCAGUGGGCUCCCAUCAUGAUCAACUUCUUCCACAUCAUCAUGGUCAUCCUGGGCCUGUUUGGUGCCGUCCAGUACAGAUCCCGCUAUGUUAUUAUGUACCUGCUGUGGACGUUGUUGUGGGUUGGCUGGAAUGUCUUUGUGAGCUGUCUCUACUUGGAUUUGGGAGGUCUUUCAAAGGACAGUGAUGUUCUGUCCCUUGGAGUGUCGUCACAUCGGUCCUGGUGGAAGGACAACGGCCCUGGGUGUGAGAGCGAGGGCCUUCCCUCUGCUGGGUGGCACAACCAGCAAAACCCUGAGCUGACCACAGUGCUGAGCUGCUGGUUGGAAUACCAGUACAUAGAAAUCCUGCAUUGCAUCGUCCAGCUCCUCAUAUCACUCCUGGGAUUUGUUUAUGCCUGCUAUGUCGUCAGCACUUUUUCAGAUGAUGAAGACAGCUUUAAUUUCAUUGGUGAAUUUCAUCAUCCAUCCAAACCCUUUCAGUUGCUCUUCUAGUCUAAAGACUUGAUGGAUUAUAAAUAACCACGAAAACAAAGUGGUCGUGAAAAGCUGAGAAGGAACCAGGAAGAAGAUGAAACAACUCUGAAGAAUGUCAUCAUGGAUCA